UCACACACAAUAUGACGUCCGCGGGCCAUUAAUAUUGCUGUCUGUUUUGCGUCAAAUACAUGCUGCGACGUCCGUUGCAAUCAACGCUCAUGUGACCCCAGCCUAAUCGGUUAUUCGUUAUUGAUAAGGAGAAUUAUUCCAGUAAUAUUUUUCGUCAAACAAAAUACAAAUUACUAUUUAAUAUUUAUGCAAUAACUAAAUAGGUACUCGUUGUUCAUUUUUCCAUAAGCGUUUACAUUUUUAAAACAGACUUACAUUUAUUUAUACGUUUGGUAUUAUGAUAAUUUAAAUUCGUGACAACUAUGAAUUCUCCAUUAUUUUGUUAUUCUUCAACAUCUACGCGAAGUAUUUCGCCGUCAUUUACACCGUCACCACAUAAAGAUUCUACUCCUAACUUAUCGAUAAUAGAGACUUGCUGUUUAUUGGCAAAUCGCAUUGAAGAAUGGCAUGAGAGAGAUUUACAAAAUUCAUUUAUUGACGUCAUUUAUGAAAUUUUAGGACGUUCAUCAAGUAGAGGAUGGAACCUAGAUCAACUAAAAAUUAGGGUACACUACACUAAUAAGUAUAUGAGUAAAGAAGCGGAGAAUGUAUAUUAUUUAUUAAAUUGUCAAGGACCUAUUUUCAAACUAUGCUACAAACUACUUUCCAACAGUUUAAAUAAAUUUCAUGUUUAUUUUUCUGAUUUACCUUUUGAAUUAGCUAAACGACUCGAACAGUUAUCACCCAGAUCGUUUUAUGGUGUACGAUUUUUUCAUCAUGCAGAUUCAAAUAUACCAAUUGGUCUCCAUCUUAAUUCUUUUGAGUUUUACAUGUUUCACUUUGCUGUUUAUGGAUUGAAGUUGGUUAAGAAUGAUAAUUUAAGUACAGAUAUUGAUCCCAGCAUAGAAUCUUUGUAUAGAUAUUUGUGCUUAGAGUAUCUGAAUUGUUUUCUACCUCUUGAAAAUUCUGCUGCUAUGGUACCUCCUCAGAUACAAUUUAAUGUGUUGUCGACAAUGCAGCAACAAAAACCAUAUUCUAGUACAAAUAAAACUUCUAGUUUCAUUCGAAAGGAUGUUGCAUCCAUGAAAGAUUUAAGAUUUAAGAUGUUAAGUAGUGAUGUUGAAAAUUCUUCAUGCGUGUUGACUUCAGAAGCAACAUGGCGCAGUGAAUUGCUUGCAUACUAUUUUACUGACAUAUGGUUAAGCCAUAAUGUUAAUUGUGGGCCUUCAUCUGAUUUAACAAAACUGAUUAGAUGUUUUUUAAAACACUUGCAUUGCUACACAAAUUGCGCUGAUCACAAGCCUGUGGAUAAUUUAAAGCUAGUAUUGGCUGCUCGUCACAGGGGAAAAAUUUAUCAAUAUUUGGCGUAUUACAUGGACCAUUGGCCACAGGACUUUUCGUUUCGUUUAUUGUUAGAGAAUUGGCUAAGCUACAUUCAGCCUUGGCGUUAUGAUGGAACAAUGAAACAUCAAGUAAUGAUCUCAGAAAAGGAAAUGAACGACAAGUGGAGAAUAUUUAUCAUCAGGAAUUUAUUAUGUUACACAAAACUUUUUUACUGGGCUAUUAAACGGUUCAACUGUAUUGAUAUUUGUUCUCCUCGAUAUUCAGCUAUGAUUUUUCGAUUGCUAAAAGUGUUCACUCAUCCGUAUUUGUUAAAAAUUGUACUUGAUGUGGAACAUAGUUAUUUAAAUAAUCAACCAGCCCAUAAAAAAUGGAAUUUGUUGUUGUCUGAAAGUUUAAUUGAAGCCGAAGGACCUAUGUUUAAAUAUGAAGCAAUGUUUUCUGAAGACCGCACCUUGGAGUAUAAAUUAUUCCACAACAAACUACAAAAGUCAUUAGACUAUGCAGCUCAAGAACUGUAUCGUUUUCAAGAAGAUAGAAAAGACAGAUAUAAUACAUCAAUGUUAGACUUGAUGUUAUCUCCAAGGAAAAACAAAAUAUCCGAUUUUUCCUUGCCUGAGUGGGAAGAGAUUCACACAAAUAUUAAAUCUUCAAAAUUAUUCAUGGAACAAAUUGUAAGUAUUAAUGUUACAAAUACUCCAAUAGCAGCAGAUAUGUCAGCAUCUUCUUUAUCCAGUAUAUAUCUUAAUCAAAGUCAGCAUUCCAUGUACACUUCUUUACCACCACAAUCGCCGACUGUUACAUGUUUAGGACAGAAUUUAUCUCGAUCUCCACCUAGGGUUGUAUUUCGCACAAAAGAAUGGGAGAUUGAUCCAGAUUUUCAAAACACUCUGUCGUAUGAAAACCAUUUUCUUGUACAAUUGAGUAUUUCCUGUAGAAAAGCUGUAGAACGUUUUUGGUAUCCAUAUGUAUUAACCAUGUCCACAACAGAGAGUGUUCUAGCUGGUGUUUUACGGCAAACAAUUAUUCGACAACCAAUGAAAAUUUAUACUUAUGAGCCUCGACAAGAUGGUUCCGGAAGACGCAUAAGGACGCCGAAAACUGUUCCUCCGACAAUCAGCUUUCGAUCAUUGGCUUCUUAUUUUAAAAUAGCAUGGGUUUUAUUUGUUUUAAUAUUGUUUUUCAAAUUCAAUAGUUUGACAUUUUGUAUAAUUGUUUGGUAUAUUUUACGCAUAAGCUUUAUGUGUAUUAAAUACCUUAUAGGAUAUGCUCCGCCAUACAAGUGGGACGACUUAAGUGAAAAUUAGUAUUUUACUCAUCAGGCAACCUUAUUGUAUUUUUGUUUUGUUUAAUAAGUUAACAAAUUAAUUUCUCAAAGACAUUUUUUUCAAUUUUAAUUUUUAAAAACCAUUUUUGACAGUUAAUUGUUAAUUAAUGUAUAUAAAGGGUUACAACUUUUCAUUAUAAUAUUAUAAUUACAUAAGUUUUAUACAACUUAA